AAAAGUCAGCUUGCGUUAAACCUCCACAUGACAGAUUUGGAAUAUAUAUCACGAGUUCUUAGCCUGACAAAUUAUCAUGAAGACAUUGAAACGAUAAAGAAAUUCGGUUUCUUAAUAUUGGACGAAAUGAAGAAUCGUAUAGAUAAUGAGAUUCUUGGAAAUUAUGUUAAUGUCAUACGCAAUUUGACAAUGAUUGAUGUAUACGAUUUAGAAUUGAUGGACAAUCUUUUAAGCCCAAAAUACCUUCGUUGCGUUUAUAAAAAAAGUAAACAAAUUGAUUUGAAAAUGUACGAAAUUGAUGGGUACUGUCGUAUCAACCUGAAGGAUACUUACAAUGGAAAUCAUCUUCCUGAUGUCUAUAUGAGGAAAUUAUGCUUUUUAAUAACUUGGGUACCUGAUAGAGUCAAUAGAUAUAAGAAAUUCGAUAGAUUUUCAUAUGACAUUGAAGAUGUCGUCAAUAAAUUAUUCGUACACUCACAAUACGCACAUGCAAUUCCGUAUCGAAAAUAUGCAGAUCUAUUUGUAUGCAUGGACAAAAUCACGCUCAAAACAAUUGAUAUAUCGAAACGAUUUCCACCAUUGUAUGAAGGCCAUUUCAUCGAGGCAAGAUCUUUAACCAAAGAUGAUCCAAAUUUAAUAAUAUUCGCAUUCGUUACUGGCCGUACAAAAAAUAUUGUAAAUGACGAUCGAAAUAAUUGCGAAAAUAUUCCAAACGGUUUUAUGUCACAAAAAAUUGAACAGUUGAAAAUGCUUGGUUUCCACCCAAUCACUGUACCAGCACGUUUAUUGAAAGAAAUCGAUCAACAAAAAGCCAUUGAAACAUUUAUUGUCGAUGAAGCUAAUAAAGUAUUUCAAUCAAUCGGCGAAAAUGGAACUAUCACAAGGGACGCAAAUUCGAGGUCAAAUUUGAAGCCGGAUUUAUGUGUAGUUUAGGUCACAUUAUGGUCUGAAUACAUAGAAACGAGGAACGAUAAUCAUUAGAAUAUAAGAGGAUUAAAUAAACUGAGAAAAAUUAUAUUUUUCUUCAACUGUUGUCUUCUACAGUUUAA